AUGUUUAACUAUUCCUUUACUGAGAAAGUCCUUGAUCCACAACUACUUCCUCCUCCCUCCUCCCUCCUCCCUCAUUCAUCAUUACUCUCUCUCUCUCUCUCUCUCUCUCUGUUUCUUAAUCACUCUGUUCUACUCUCCUCCCAUCUUUACUUUAUUUUUCCGCCAAAAUUCCCCAUUUCCUUCCUCUUCCUCUCUCCACUUUUCCUCCUUCCGUCCUCAUCUCCAUCCGGUUGGUCAGGAUCGGGUUCAGUGUUGGUGCGGCCGAGCUUCAUCCGCGUUCGCCCGAGCCAGCACGUCGAAAUGAUCUGCACCGCCAGCGGACCGGGCGCCAGUGAGCCUCAGUUCCUGUUUGCCGCCGACGGGCGGAGUGUGGAGCAGGACUCUCGGUUUCUGGUUGAGAGACCGUCGAAAAAUGUUGCUCGUCUCAGUGUUCCCGCCGGAUUGUCGGCGAAUGACGGAGUAGUUCGUGUCAUGUAA